AUGUUCCUCGGGGUCUACAUAGACGACGGCAUAAUUCUUGGAAAGAGUAAGAAACAAAUACUAAAGCUGGUGGAGAAACUCAGAGAAGAAUUUGAAUUAACAGUACAAGAGGACCCUAAAACAUACUUGGAACUUGAAAAAACGCAAGAAAGACUGAAGCUAAGUCAAAAAAACUAUUCCAACCAAGUUCUUGAAACGUACGGAAUGAAAGAUGCAAAGUCAGCGAACACGCCGAUACAACCAGAAGGAAAUUCAAAAGUCGAAAACGUACGGAAAACAUUCCCGUAUCGACAAGCGAUAGGAAGCCUUCUGUAUUUGACAACAAAAACAAGAUCAGAUCUCUGCUAUGCUGUAAACUAUAGCAGCAGAUAUACACAAUCUCCGGAAGGUAAAGAUAUCUUAAAUGUUAAAAGAAUACUCAGAUAUUUGCAGGGAACCAAGGAGCUCGGGCUGGUGUACGGCGGAGAGAAGGACGCGGGAAAACUGGUGGCCUACUGCGACUCGGACUACGCUG